GCGAAGAAGCGGAUAACGAACAACAGUAACAAAAGCCUUUCGUGCACUCCGUUAAACCGCAAGAAUCAUUGGAACAGAAACCCCAACUCCGCACUUCUACCCAGCCAUGUCCUCUUCCUCGACAUCCAGUCCCACGGACAACAGCUCACACGGAUCGGUGGCACUGUCCUCUUUUAAUGGAGCCUUAAACCCGGCCUCCGGAACGAAUACCAGUACCCAAAGCAACGCCCAGAAGCCAUUUUCCCUCUCCGAGCGUCUGAACUUCGAGAUUUACCGUUACUCCAGCUACUCGCCUAAUUAUCUGCCCGAAAACGUCCUGGUAGACUGCCCCAACGAUCAGACUUCCAGGUGGUCCGCCUACACCAACAGUCCACCGCAAUUUCUCACCUUGAAGCUUCGCCGUCCCGCCAUUGUGAAGAAAAUCAAGUUUGGCAAGUUUGAGAAGUCGCAUGUGUGCAAUAUCAAGAAAUUUCGCGUUUACGGCGGCUUAGAGGAUGAGCACAUGGUUUUGCUACUAGAGGGUGGCCUAAAGAACGACAACGUACCAGAAGUAUUCAACCUGCGCUGCCUUACCGAAGACGGUUCGGAGAAUCUGCCAAUACUGUACCUAAAGAUCGUGCCACUGCUCUCCUGGGGCCCGUCAUUCAACUUUAGCAUCUGGUACGUGGAGCUGCACGGGCAGGACGACCCAAUGUACACCAGUGCCCGCAUGAAGAAUUACAACUCCCUGAGGGAGGUGGAGAUUAUCAAGUUGUGCUUGAAGCACUUCCGACAGCAGGGCUACAUGAGUGCCUUCGGGGCGCUCCAGGAGCAGACGAAUGUUCAACUGGAGCACCCGCUUAUUAGCGAACUGCACAAGUGCUUGGUUUUGCAAGGAGACUUUGAAAAGGCUGAGCGUUUUAUAGUCGAGUGCAUUGACGAGGGUCUAAUGGAUGAGUAUUUACACAAACAGGACUACAAGCACAGUUGGCAUAUGAAGCACACCGAAAGCGACAUGAAGCCUGGCUAUCGUGGAGGCCAUCAGCUGGUGGUGGAUGCCAAAAAACGACUGAUAUAUCUGUACGGUGGCUGGGAUGGGUACCAGGACCUCAGUGACCUUUGGGUGUUCAACAUCGAUGAGGAUCAGUGGUCACUGCUAUGCGAAAGAUCUGAGCUUUCCAAUGGACCCACUCCGCGAUCCUGCCACAAAAUGGUUUUUGAUCCUAUUAGCGAAAACGUGUUCAUGCUUGGUCGUUAUCUGGAUAACUCUAUAAGAACUUCGGAUUACAUAAAGAGCGACUUCUACCUUUACGACACGAGAGCUGGAAACUGGAUGCAGAUCUGUGAUGACACCAGUCAAGUGGGAGGUCCACAGCUUGUCUACGAUCACCAGAUGUGCAUGGAUGCCGAUAAGCGGACCAUUUACGUAUUUGGUGGCAAAAUACUCACGCCACGAAGUGUCAACGCCACCGGAGCGAUAGAGCCGGAGUAUUCGGGUCUGUUUUCCUAUCAUAUAGCAACGAAUACCUGGGCGCAGAUACUUGUCGACUGUCACCACGCCAGCGCAUCGCUGGCAGAUGUGAUGUCCAUUAAGUCCAGGAUUACACACUGCAUGGUUUUCCAUAAUAAACAUCGAAAACUCUACAUUUAUGGGGGCCAACGAGGCAAGGAGGAUCUGGACGAAUUCCUCAGCUACGAUGUAGACACCCAGGCUAUAUCCGUGCUCAACAAAGAGCACCCGAAUCAUGGAACCACCGCCAGCAACGAAGCCAAAUUUGAACCAUCUUCCGGAUAUACAUUACGCGCCACCAUUGAUUGUGAACGCGACGAGAUUUAUAUAUUUUCUAGCCUCAGCAAGGUUAAGGAUCGUAGGGAUAUACAGCAUGUAGAUGCAUCAAACUCAUUUUGGGUCUAUUCCCUGCGAGACCACAAGUGGUCGAGGAUAUACUACUGCCGCCAUAGUGGCCAAGAUGCAAACUCUAUCAGCAGGAUGAAUAUUUUGGGUGCUAGCAAGGGGGAUGGAUCUCUAGAGCCGUGUCCCCGUUAUGCCCACCAGUUGGUGUACGAUGACCUGGCAAAUACUCACUAUUUGUUCGGAGGAAAUCCGGGAAUCUGCCAGCAGCAGCAGCUUAGGCUGGAUGAUUUUUGGCUUCUGCGCUUGGAAAAACCAAAACGGGAGGAGAUCCUGAAGCAUUGUCGGUUUUUGGUGCGUAAACUGCGCUAUGAGGAAAUGACUCGCCAGGAUCCCUUGAAGGCAAUGCAGUAUUUGCGGCAUCAUAUAGCCGCUGUAAUUGAUCAUAGUGAUGCGGAACAAUUGAAUAAUUUCCACAAACUGGCUUCUUUGCUAUUUAAAAACCAUGAUAAUAGCCUCGAAAGAGAUUGUACCACACCGGCUUUGAUUGCUGAAGAUCUCGAAACGGAUCCCGAUGUAUCGUCAAAAAUUAAAGAUGAAUUGGCUGAUGGUCCCGCCGCAGAAAAUCUUUCACUGGAGUCGAACGAAAGCCUGAUCUCAUCCGGCAUCUCGGAGACCGCCUCCAGCCCAAGCUCCUCGUCGUGCACCAAAAGAGCUCGUACGGAAUGCCCUCGUGAGCUUAAGAACAAACGAGCUUUCCUGUUCAACAAACUGGUGCAACUUAUGCCACCGAGUAUGGUCCAACCAGAGCGCAAUCUGAGCGACUUUGUGGUCAUGUGAACGUCCAAGUGCCAAAAUCGAUUUGCUACAAUCCCCAAUCCAUGAUUAAAUUUAGCUUAUUAAGUGCGUGAGAGUUUUGUUUAUAAUUGUUGAUCAAUGUGAUGUUUAGUUCGCUUGUUCCUCAAUAUAAGGUUCAAUGGCCAAUGCGAAGUAUGACGGAAAUAUGAUUUUAUUGUGAUAGUUUGUUUGUAAUGAAGCUCGGCGGAAGUCAUGCGAUUCGAAGAUGUUGCGCCCAAGAUAAAAUAUAAAAAGUUUGUAAAACAUGUUAAAUUUAAUCGAUUGCGUAUGUUAACUAUAAGUUUGAAAUAAACAACAGUUUUUUAUCGUCCAAA